UUCACAUCUAAACAAAAUAAUAAUAAAGAACCAAAACCCUAAACACACAAUAAUAAAUGGCAAGCAAAAAAGCAAUGGAAGUAGUAAAAGGCAUAGAUCUAAAAAAAUAUAUGGGCAGAUGGUAUGAAAUAGCUUCAUUCCCAUCAAGAUUUCAGCCCAAAAAUGGUAUGAACACAAGGGCUACUUACACACUGAAAGAUGAUGGAACUGUGAAUGUUUUGAAUGAAACAUGGAGUGAUGGCAAAAGAGGUUAUAUUGAAGGGACUGCUUAUAAAGCUGACCCUAAUAGUGAUGAGGCUAAAUUGAAAGUCAAGUUUUAUGUGCCACCAUUUUUGCCUAUUAUUCCUAUUGUUGGUGAUUAUUGGGUUUUGUAUCUUGAUGAUGAUUAUCAGUAUGCUUUAAUUGGUCAGCCUUCUAGGAAUUAUUUAUGGAUAUUGUGCAGGGAAAAUCAUCUAGAUGAGGAGAUAUAUAAUCAGUUGGUUGAAAAGGCAAAAGAAGAAGGGUACGAUGUUAGUAAGCUCAAAAAGACUAAUCAUACAAAUCCACCACCAGAGGUUGAUGAUGCACCUGCUGAUACCAAAGGCGUUUGGUGGUUGAAAUCACUUUUUGGGAAAUAGGGUGGUCUUGGAUGAACAAUACAAUAAUAUUUAUGUUUUGUAGUAGCAAGUAUUUUAUUGAGUUUUGGACUUUGGUUUAUUAAAAGAAAGAAUGUUGUAAUGUUUUGUUUGUGUGACCAAAAUUAUGUUUAUAUAUGGUAAGUGCAUUAUGUUUGUUUCA